UCAAGCAUUCUUCCCGUUUUCUGAAUUCCGAUCUUGGACUGUGAUUGCAGGGAGACAAGAAGGAUUUCUGACGAUUCGGAGGAGGUUACGAGAAGCGCGAGACGAACGAUGGCGGAGAAUCGGCGGGAUGCACAGAAGAUGUUCGAUAAGUACUUGCUGGAUUACAUGGUGAAGCGGAACAUGCACGAGACCGCCGCGCACUUCAGAGUCGAGAGCAACGUUCCUCAGGCGGAAGUCCAUACUGAUACGGAAGAAGGGUUUUUGCACGAAUGGUGGACAAUAUUGCAUGACAUGAUGACCUCUAGGGAGGGUAUGAGUAGAGAGGUCCCGCCACCGCCACCGCCAAUGUUCAAUGUACCGACUCAUCAGCUAAUGACACAGGAUGAACUGCGGAGGAUGCAGAUAACUCAGGCAGUAUUCGCUACGAAUCAACAACAGAGGCUGCUACCGACGACGAUGCAGUUGCGUGGUGUUGUUGGUGGAACCAGCUUAGUGAGUGGUAUGCCUGCUACAGCAGGGCAGAUGCCAAUCAGGCCGACUAGUCACCCUCAGGAGUAUGGAAGGAUGUUUAAUGAACGACAACAGCUUCAUAAUCUCAAUCGGCCUCCUGUUGGAAACAUGCUCUCCAAU